GGUGCACAGCUGUGAGCUCGCUCAGUCAGAUCGUAUCCUUUAGGCUGACAUUUCAUUUACACAGUCUAGUUCGGGCGCAGAAGAUAUUGAGUCAUCACUGCUGUUAUUUAAAUCUUUGGAAAGUUGGUUAAUUAAUCAACCCCAAAAGAUAGUUUGGAAAUGACAGACAUUUCGGACGUGGGCGACCAAGCCCAAGUCCAAGUAGCUAUAGCCGAUGUCAACAACUUCCUAAAGUAUUUGAGAAAGGCUGUCCCUGUUUGCUUGGAAGAAGAUGUUGUAACAUCACAGGCGUUUGAAACAGCAUUGGGAGAUAAAGCUCACCAGGAAGCAAUUCGAAAGUUUAUUAGUGAUCCUCAGACGAGAGCCAUCUUCAUUCAGCGUAGCUCUACUAAAGAUGAGGAUGCCGUUGCAGGAGACCAAAGUGGUGAGACUGAGGAUGAUAAAGAGCUUGUAACUUAUUACAUCUCUACUAAUGUACAAUUCACUAGUUCGAAAAUGAGCAGUAUUGUAUGUAUUAAACGUGGAGCAGUCCUUGAAGCAGACAAGCAAAUUGUAUCACAGAUUCAAUUAGUCAACUUUAGUGAAGGCUCUCCAUAUGAGACCCUACAUUCAUUUGUUAGUGGUGCUAUGGCCCCAUACUUCAAAUCAUACAUCAAAGAAUCUGGACGAGCUGAUACUCGUGAUGGUGAUAAGAUGGCUCCAUCAGUUGAGAAGAAGAUCUCUGAGCUAGAAAUGGGUUUGUUGCACCUUCAACAAAACAUCGAUAUCCCUGAAAUUUCUUUGCCGAUUCACCUUAAUGUGAGUCAAGUUGUCAAGAAAUGUCUUGAAGACAACGUGAAGCCAAAGGUAGCUGAUUUCGGCGAUAAAGUGGAAGAUUCAUCUUUCCUCAACAGCCUUCAAAAUGGAGUCAACCGUUGGAUCCGUGAAAUUCGUAAAGUCACACGUCUAGACCGUGAUCCUUCAUCCGGGACUGCUUUACAGGAAAUCAGUUUUUGGCUGAAUUUGGAACGAGCUCUGCUGCGCAUUCAAGAAAAGCGCGAGAGCCUUGAAGUCGCUUUAACUUUGGACAUCUUAAAGCAUGGAAAACGUUUUCAUGCUACUGUCAGCUUCGACACAGAUACAGGCUUGAAGCAAGCUCUAGCUAUGGUCAACGACUAUAACCCACUGAUGAAAGACUUCCCUAUUAACGACUUGCUUUCUGCUACCGAACUGGAGCGCAUCCGCUCUGCGGUUAUUGCCAUCUUCAACCAUCUUCGCAAAAUUCGCAACACCAAGUAUCCUAUCCAGCGUUCUCUACGUCUGGUCGAGGCCAUCUCUAGAGACCUCAGUAACCAGCUUUUGAAAGUGCUAAGCACUCGUCGUCUUAUGCACGUUCCGUUUGACGAAUUCGAGAAAGUCAUGAACCAGUGCUUUGAAGUUUUCAAUACCUGGGACGACGAGCACGAAAAGUUCCAUGGCCUAAUGCGUGAUAUGGCGAAGAAGAAGCGUGAAGACAUGAAGAGUUUUUGGCGUGUGACCCCAGCUCACAAGAAGCUACAGUCACGCAUGGAACAGAUGCGUAAAUUUAGACGUCAACAUGAGCAGCUUUGUAGUGUUAUCGGUCGAGUACUGCCACCGAUGUUGCCUCCACGUCAGAAUUUGGAAGCCGUGGAUGCUGUCGCUCCAGAACAGCGUCCUGAAUUCGCUCUGAUGAAUCCUGCUGAUAUCAAUGCUAUUGAAGAGGUCAACCUGGCAUACGAGAACGUCAAGGUUGUCGAUGGACUUGACAUUAGUAAAGAAGGCACGGAAGCUUGGGAAGCUGCUUUGCGGCGAUACGAAGAGCGCAUCGAUCGUGUAGAAACACGUAUCACUGCUCGUCUUCGCGAUCAGCUCGGUACAGCGAAGAAUGCCAACGAAAUGUUCCGUAUCUUUUCUCGCUUCAACGCACUAUUCAUCCGCCCUCACAUUCGCGGCGCCAUUCGUGAAUACCAGACACAGUUGAUCCAACGUGUCAAAGAUGACAUUGAGGCUCUGCACGAAAAAUUUAAGGUGCAAUAUCCGGCAAGUAAAGCAUGCCGCAUGAGCCACAUCUGGGAUCUACCACCAACUUCCGGUUCAAUUAUUUGGGCUCGUCAAGUUGAGAGGCAGCUUAAUACAUACAUGAAGCGAGUUGAAGAUGUCUUAGGUAAGGGCUGGGAGAACCAUGUCGAGGGUCAGAAACUGAAGGCGGAUGGAGACAGUUUCCGUCUGAAGCUCAAUACCCAAGAAAUCUUUGAGGAUUGGGCGCGCAAGGUUCAACAGCGUAAUUUAGGUGUUUCUGGUCGCAUCUUCACCAUCGACACGCAGCGAACCCGUAUUGGAGGUCGAGGCAAUACCCUUCGCCUUCGCGUUAACUUCUUACCCGAAAUCAUCACGUUGGCUAAGGAGGUUCGAAACUUGAAGAUCCUCAAUUUCCGCGUGCCGCUAGCGAUUGUCAACAAGGCUCAUCAAGCCAAUCAGCUAUACCCUUUCGCCGUGUCACUGAUUGAAAGUAUCCGAACCUACGAACGCACACUGGAGAAGCUGGCUAUUGGACAGCCUUCAGCCCCUUCAAAGAUGGAAGAAAAAUACAACGUUAGCCUUUUGGCGGCUGGAAUGCAUCGUGAGGCCCAACAGUUGAUUGCCGAGGGAGUCGGUUUAGUGUGGGAAUCGUACAAGUUGGACCCAUACGUCCAGCGUCUUGCAGAAUGCGUUUUCCAUUUUCAUGAGAAAGUUGAUGACUUGUUGGCUAUCGAAGAACAAAUCGAUGUCGAUGUUCGUUCGCUGGAGACUUGCGCUUAUUCUGCCAACACGUUUGCUGACAUCUUGUCCAAGAUCCAGAAGAUGGUUGAUGACCUGAGUCUUCGUCAGUAUUCGAAUUUGCAACAAUGGGUCACUAAACUAGACGAAGAAGUGGAGAAGCGUUUGGCUUCCCGUCUGCAAGCUGGAAUUCAGGCCUGGACCCAAGCUCUUGAGGGUCGCAAAGAAGUCGAUGUUGACUACACCAUGGACACUGAUGCGGCUCCAGCGCCUGCAGUGAAACUUGGCGGCCAGCCCCAGAUCCGCACGAUUAUUCAUGAAAUUCGCAUUACUAACCAGACAAUGUAUCUGCAUCCACCGCUGCCGGAAGCUCGUACCAAGAUCUAUGAACUGAUGUUUGCUUGGCAAGCCAUUGUCACGUCUUUGACUCGUAUUCAGAGUACCCGUUAUCAAGUUGCGCUAGAUCGGCCUACUUCACAAACCUAUCGCGAUCUACUCACCAAAAUGCCAGAUGGCCCGGAAGUCCUGGCUGCCGCCUAUACUGUCAUUGAGGGAAGAAUGAAGGAGGUGAAAGUCUACGUCGAUGAAUGGUUCAAUUACCAGGCGUUGUGGGAUUUGCAACCUGAGAAGCUUUACGGUACUCUUAAGGAGGAUAUCAGUCUGUGGAUGCGUUGCUUGAACGACAUUAAGAAAUCGCGAACCAUCUUUGACACAACCGAGACUCGCAAAGAAUUUGGCGCAGUUGUUAUCGACUACGGUAAAGUUCAGAGUAAAGUGACACUCAAGUAUGAUUCAUGGCACAAAGAAGUUCUCGGCAAGUUUGGAGCUAUGCUCGGCAAUGAAAUGGCUCAGUUCCACACCCACGUUAGCAAAUCACGAAGCGAACUGGAACAACAAUCUUUGGAAGCUGGAAGUACCGCGGAUGCAGUUGGACUCAUCACUUACGUUCAAUCGCUUAAGCGUAAGAUGAAGGCAUGGGAGAAACAAGUCGACACUUACAAGGAAGGUCAGCGCAUCCUGGAACGUCAGCGUUUCCAAUUUCCCAACCAGUGGCUCCACGUCGAUAAUAUUGAAGGCGAGUGGGGUGCCUUCAGCGAGAUCAUCAAGCGCAAAGAUAACGCCAUCCAAACGCAAGUUGCCAGUCUUCAACAGAAAAUCGUAGCUGAAGACAAAGCGGUUGAGAGUCGCACUCAGGAUUAUUUGGGCGACUGGGAAAAAACGAAACCGGUAGAGGGUCAUAUGCGUCCCGACGAGGCACUCCAGCGCCUGCAGUUGUUCGAGACCAAAUAUUCACGCUUGAAAGAAGAGCGUGACAAGGUGGGCAAAGCCAAAGAGGCACUUGAGCUUCAGGAAACUGGACCGAUUUCGACUAAUGAAGAACGCAUGCAGGUGGCGUUUGAAGAACUCCAAGACUUGAAAGGUGUAUGGUCUGAAUUGCGCAAGAUUUGGGAACAGAUAGACGAAAUGAAAGAGAAACCCUGGCUCUCGGUUCAGCCAAGGAAACUACGCCAACAAAUUGACAAUCUCUUGGCUCAAAUGAAAGAGUUGCCUUCCCGACUUCGACAAUACGCUUCAUUCGAGUAUGUACGCAAGACCCUGCAAUCUUACGGAAAAGUGAACGUUUUGGUGACGGAAUUAAAAUCAGACGCCUUGAAAGAGCGCCAUUGGAAACAGCUAAUGAAGCAGCUACGCGUGAACUGGAUUCUUUCGGACCUAACACUCGGCCAGGUGUGGGAUAUCGAUCUGCAGAAGAAUGAGCCUAUCGUUCGUGACGUGAUUCUUGUCGCCCAAGGUGAAAUGGCCCUUGAAGAAUUUUUGAAGCAAGUCAGAGAAGCUUGGCAGACCUACGAACUUGAGUUGAUCAAUUACCAGAACAAGUGCCGUCUAAUCAGAGGCUGGGAUGACCUAUUCAACAAGGUUAAAGAGCACAUCAAUUCCUUGGCAGCUAUGAAACUGUCUCCUUACUACAAAGUCUUUGAAGAAGAAGCUCUGACCUGGGAAGAAAAACUCAACCGCAUCAACGCUCUCUUCGACGUUUGGAUCGAUGUUCAGCGUCGAUGGGUUUAUCUCGAAGGAAUCUUUAGCGGAAGCGCCGACAUCAAAGCACUGCUACCCGUUGAAACAUCGCGUUUUCAGAGCAUCAGCUCAGAAUUUCUUACUCUGAUGAAGAAGGUAUCAAAAUCUCCUAUGGUCAUGGACGUUUUGAACAUUCCCGGGGUCCAGCGUUCUCUUGAGCGCCUUGCAGACCUCUUGGGCAAAAUCCAAAAAGCUCUGGGAGAAUAUCUAGAAAGAGAACGCGCGUCAUUUCCCAGAUUCUAUUUCGUCGGUGACGAAGAUUUGUUGGAAAUUAUCGGCAAUAGUAAAAAUAUCCCUCGGCUACAGAAACAUUUCAAAAAGAUGUUUGCUGGCGUCUCUUCCAUACUUUUGAACGAAGAGAAUAACAUCGUUCUUGGCAUUGCCUCACGUGAAGGAGAAGAGGUUGUAUUCAACACGCCAGUUUCCACCAUCGAGUAUCCAAAAAUCAACGAGUGGCUCACUCAAGUUGAAAAAGAGAUGCGUGUCACAUUGGCGCAGCAUUUGGCGGACUCGGUUCGCGAUAUUCGCCAAUUCAAGGAAGGUGUCAUUGAUCAACCUGCCUUCAUGAGCUGGUGUGACAAAUACGAAGCACAAAUUGUUGUCUUAGCGGCACAGAUUAUGUGGAGCGAAGAUGUCGAAGCGGCCCUGCAGGCUGUUAGCACAGCUGGUGACAAUUCCCUAGCGCCAGUCCAGCGUGUUUUGAGUCAAGUGGAAUCGACCCUUACCGUCCUGGCAGAUUCAGUGCUACAAGAACAGCCAGCCCUCCGCCGUCGCAAACUGGAACACCUCAUCAACGAAUUCGUUCACAAGCGAACAGUCACCCGUCGUCUGAUCCAGUCGCGCAUUACUCAUCCCAAGGCAUUCGAAUGGCUGUGCCAGAUGCGAUUCUACUUCGACCCGAAACAAACGGACACUUUGAAACAGCUUUCCAUCUAUAUGGCUAACGCGAAGUUCCAGUACGGAUUCGAAUACCUUGGCGUGCAAGACAGGCUGGUUCAGACCCCACUGACGGAUCGCUGCUAUUUGACCAUGACGCAAGCUUUAGAAUCUCGUCUUGGAGGUUCUCCUUUUGGCCCUGCCGGAACCGGUAAAACUGAAUCCGUCAAGGCUCUUGGCCACCAACUAGGUCGAUUUGUUCUCGUUUUCAACUGCGAUGAAACAUUUGAUUUCCAAGCCAUGGGAAGAAUUUUUGUUGGUUUGUGUCAGGUUGGAGCUUGGGGUUGCUUUGAUGAAUUUAACCGUUUGGAAGAGCGAAUGUUGUCUGCCGUCUCACAACAGGUGCAGACUAUCCAGGAAGCUUUGAAGUCUCAAAAAGAAAAUAAGAAAGAAGGCAGUCUGGUGAUUGAGUUAGUCGGCAAGCAAGUCAAAGUGUCACAAGACAUGGCCAUCUUCAUCACAAUGAAUCCUGGUUAUGCUGGCCGUUCCAACCUUCCAGAUAACUUGAAGAAACUCUUCCGCUCUCUGGCUAUGACCACACCUGAUCGACAGCUUAUCGCCGAAGUCAUGCUCUUUUCUCAAGGUUUCAGGACGGCAGAAAAACUGGCCCAGAAAAUUGUUCCCUUCUUCAAGCUUUGCGACGAGCAAUUGUCGAACCAGUCACAUUACGACUUUGGCCUUCGCGCCUUGAAAUCUGUGCUGGUGUCCGCCGGCAAUGUGAAACGUGAUCGUAUUCAGAAGAUCAGGGAAGACAUGCAGGCACGAGGAGAAACAUUUAUUGAUGAAAGCGUCAUCGCUGAAAACCUCCCCGAACAGGAAAUUCUUAUCCAAUCUGUCUGUGAGACGAUGGUUCCAAAAUUGGUCGCUGAGGAUAUUCCGCUACUCUUCUCCCUUUUGACGGAUGUUUUCCCCGGCAUUGCCUACACUCGAGCUGAAAUGGCCGGUCUACGAGAGCAAAUUCGCAAAGUUUGUCACGAAGAUUAUUUGGUCUGCGGAGAAAAUGACGAACAAGGCUCCAUGUGGAUGGAAAAAGUACUGCAACUCUACCAAAUCAGCCAGCUGAACCAUGGUUUGAUGAUGGUUGGUCCGUCCGGCUCUGGUAAAUCGUCUGCUUGGCGCGUUUUGUUAAAAUCCCUCGAACGACUAGAAGGCACGGAAGGUGUAGCCCAUGUAAUCGAUCCUAAAGCCAUUUCAAAGGAGGCUCUUUACGGUGUCCUCGAUCCAAACACUCGUGAAUGGACCGAUGGUCUGUUUACGCAUAUUCUUCGUAAAAUCAUUGAUAACGUUCGUGGAGAAAUCAACAAACGCCAGUGGAUCAUCUUUGAUGGUGACGUCGAUCCCGAAUGGGUCGAAAAUCUCAACUCCGUCUUGGAUGACAACAAAUUAUUGACCCUACCCAAUGGUGAACGUCUAUCCAUUCCACCCAAUGUUCGCAUUAUGUUUGAAGUUCAAGAUCUGAAGUACGCUACUUUGGCUACGGUAUCCCGUUGUGGAAUGGUUUGGUUCUCUGAAGAUGUUCUCACUUCCGAGAUCAUCUUUGAGCAUUAUCUUGCACGUCUGCGUCACGUUCCUCUCGAAGAAGGAGAAGAGGAUACAGUCCGCACUCCAUCUGGCAAACCCGGCGAGAAGAAAACGGAAGAAAUCAUAUCGCCCACUAUCCAGGUGCAACGAGAUGUUGCUAAUAUACUUCAGCUCCAUUUCUCACCAGACGGCAUGGUUGUUCGUGCUCUGGAGCAUGCAGCCACUCAAGUUGAGCACAUCAUGGAUUUCACUCGAUUCCGGGCUUUGAAUGCUUUAUUUUCAAUGUUGAACCAAGCGGUCCGCAACAUUCUCAACUACAACCAUACACAUAUGGACUUCCCUAUGCAGUCUGAUCAGCUGGAACGAUAUAUUCCAAAAGCGCUAGUGUACGCCAUUCUGUGGAGCUUUGCUGGCGACGGAAAGCUCAAAGCUCGAAAUGAUUUAGGUGAAUUUUUGCGUGGAUUGACUACAAUUCCACUACCACCAGCUGCCAUGCCCAUUAUAGACUACGAGGUCAGCAUUGGAGGUGAAUGGGUUCCUUGGUCUUCAAAAGUACCCCAGAUUGAAGUGGAGACUCACAAAGUAGCUACGCCCGAUAUUGUCGUUCCCACGCUGGACACAGUACGACACGAGUCACUUCUUUACACUUGGCUGGCAGAUCACAAACCAUUGGUUCUUUGUGGCCCGCCUGGAUCUGGUAAAACUAUGACCUUAUUUUCGGCUUUAAGAGCUUUGCCGGAUAUGGAAGUGGUUGGUCUCAAUUUUUCAUCCGCUACUUCGCCGGAACUUCUUCUCAAGACAUUCGACCACUACUGCGAGUACCGCAAGACACCCAACGGCAUGAUUUUGUCACCCGUCCAACUUGGCAAAUGGCUUGUCCUCUUCUGUGACGAAAUCAAUUUGCCCGAUAUGGACAAAUACGGAACACAGCGCGUCAUUUCCUUCUUGCGCCAGAUGGUCGAACAAGGUGGAUUCUGGCGACCAACUCCUGGUGGUUCUGGCGGUGAACAAUCGUGGGUCAGAAUGGAGCGCAUCCAGUUUGUCGGAGCUUGUAAUCCUCCAACAGAUCCUGGCCGUAAGCCUCUGACACAUCGCUUCUUGCGUCACGUACCAGUCGUCUACGUCGAUUACCCUGGACAAACUUCCCUUAAACAGAUUUAUGGAACCUUUAACCGAGCUAUGCUGCGCCUUGUCCCAUCUCUGCGUACGUUUGCUGAUCCUUUGACAAACGCCAUGGUUGAAUUUUACCUCCUGUCGCAAGAACGCUUCACACAGGAUAUGCAGCCUCAUUAUGUCUAUUCUCCUCGUGAAAUGACCCGUUGGGUCCGAGGUAUCUGCGAAGCCAUCCGGCCCCUAGAAACCCUCUCAAUCGAAGGUCUCGUCCGUCUGUGGGCCCACGAAGCACUUCGUCUGUUCCAGGAUCGCUUAGUCGAUGAUGAAGAACGAAAAUGGACCAAUGAUAACAUUGACAGCGUCGGCUUGAAACAUUUCCCCAACAUCAACCGUGACGAAGCCCUAGCACGUCCGAUUCUCUUUUCCAAUUGGCUCUCCAAGAACUACAUCCCAGUGGAUCGAGAAGAGUUGCGCAGUUACGUCAAAGCUCGUCUCCGUGUCUUCUAUGAAGAAGAACUUGAUGUUCAACUCGUUCUUUUCGACGAGGUCUUGGAUCAUGUCCUCCGAAUUGAUCGAAUUUUCCGUCAGCCUCAGGGUCAUCUGCUGUUGAUCGGAGUUUCCGGAGCAGGCAAGACCACUUUGUCACGCUUCGUUGCCUGGAUGAAUGGACUUUCGGUAUUCCAAGUUAAAGUACACAACAAAUAUACGGCGGCCGAUUUCGACGAGGAUCUUCGUCAACUCCUUCGUAGAGCCGGAUGCAAAGAUGAGAAGAUCUGCUUCAUGUUGGACGAGUCCAAUGUCUUGGACUCUGGUUUCCUCGAAAGGAUGAACACUCUCCUGGCCAACGGAGAAGUGCCUGGAUUGUUUGAAGGAGACGAAUACACUACCCUUAUGACGCAGUGCAAAGAAGGGGCUCAACGCGAAGGCCUCAUGCUAGACUCGGCCGAGGAGCUUUACAAAUGGUUUACGCAUCAAGUUAUGCGUAACCUUCACGUCGUUUUCACCAUGAAUCCGUCAUCGGAAGGUUUGAAGGACCGCGCCUCUACAUCGCCAGCCUUGUUCAACCGUUGCGUGCUGAACUGGUUUGGCGACUGGAGUGAUUCCGCUUUCUUCCAGGUUGGUAAGGAAUUUACCAACCGAGUGGAUCUCGAAAGACCCAACUGGAUCGCUAGUGAUCACUUCCCUGCCGCAUUUCCUGCUCUUCGUUUGCCGCCUUGCCACCGUGAUGCUGUCAUUAACGCGACGGUGUACGUCCAUCAGACGCUUCAUCAUGCUUGCGCUCGACUGGUGAAGCGAGGUGGUCGCAGCACAGCAAUCACUCCACGCCACUACUUGGAUUUCAUUAACCAGUUUGUUAACUUGUAUCACGAGAAGCGUUCAGAUCUUGAGGAGCAACAGCUUCAUUUGAACGUCGGUCUUAACAAGAUCGCCGAGACUGUAGAACAAGUCGAAGAAAUGCAAAAAUCUCUAGCAGUGAAGUCGCAAGAGCUUCAGACAAAGAACGAAGCUGCGAAUUCCAAACUGCGGCAGAUGGUCAAGGAUCAAAACGAAGCCGAACAGAAAAAGAUUCAAAGUCAAGAAAUCCAGGCCAUGAUUGAGAAACAAACGUUCGAGAUUGCCAUUAAGAAGAAAGAUGUCAUGGCAGACUUGGAUCAAGUGGAACCGGCUGUUAUCGAAGCUCAAUCGGCCGUCAAAGGCAUUAAGAAACAGCAUUUAGUUGAGUUAAAGUCGCUCAACAAUCCACCGGCUCCCGUUAAAUUGGCCUUAGAAGCAAUUUGCCUUCUAUUGGGAGAAGCAACAUCCGACUGGAAGACUAUUCGGUCCAUCAUCGUUCGAGAAAAUUUCAUUUCAACCAUCGUCAACUUCUGCACCGAAGAUAUUUCCGACAACGUCCGAGAUCAGAUGAUCAACAAAUACCUGAACAAUCCGGACUACAACUUCGACAAAGUCAAUCGUGCCAGUGUGGCUUGUGGCCCCUUAGUGAAGUGGGCCACGGCUCAGGUCAACUACGCUGACAUGUUGAAGCGUGUUGAACCGCUUAGGAAUGAAUUGAAGAGUCUGGAGAAACAAGCAGAUGUCAACAAGAGACGUGGUGAGGAGACGACAACGUUGAUCGCUACGCUGGAACACAGUAUCGCUUCUUACAAAGAGGAAUAUGCCCUGCUCAUUUCGCAAGCACAGGCCAUCAAGAUGGAUUUGGAGACCGUCCAGGGAAAAGUAGAUCGUAGUAUCGGACUGUUGAAAUCUCUGGCCAUUGAGAAGGAACGUUGGGAGGCUUCGAGCGAAACUUUCAGAACCCAGAUGUCAACUAUUGUUGGUGACACACUUCUCUCGUCAGCAUUCUUGGCAUAUGCCGGCUAUUUCGACCAGCAGUACCGUCACAGUUUGUUUACCCGCUGGUGCAGUCAUCUUCAGGCGGCUAAUAUUCAGUAUCGUUCUGAUAUUGCUCGUACGGAAUAUUUGUCCAACCCAGAUGAGCGUCUUCGUUGGCAAGCUAAUGCCCUCCCGGCCGACGAGCUUUGCACAGAAAAUGCAAUCAUGUUGCGUCGCUUCAAUCGCUAUCCGUUAAUUAUCGAUCCGUCGGGACAGGCAACAGAAUUUAUCAUGAAUGAAUUCAAGGAUCGCAAAAUUACGCGAACGAGUUUCUUGGACGACGCCUUCCGUAAAAACCUGGAAUCGGCGCUCCGUUUCGGUAACCCACUCCUCGUUCAAGAUGUUGAAAACUACGAUCCCAUUCUCAAUCCCGUGCUGAAUCGUGAGCUUCGACGAACUGGUGGACGAGUUCUCAUUACCCUUGGAGAUCAGGAUAUCGAUCUUUCGCCUUCCUUUACCAUUUUCUUAUCCACACGCGAUCCGUCAGUUGAAUUCCCGCCUGACAUUUGCUCUCGCGUCACAUUUGUCAACUUUACCGUCACCCGCAGUUCGUUGCAGAGCCAGUGUCUCAAUUCGGUGCUCAAAGCAGAACGACCCGAUAUUGAUGAAAAGCGAUCGGAUCUUCUCAAACUUCAAGGAGAGUACCACUUGCGUCUACGUCAAUUGGAGAAAUCUCUGCUGCAAGCGCUGAACGAUGCUAAAGGCAAAAUCCUUGAUGACGACUCAGUUAUCACCUCUUUGGAAACACUAAAGCAAGAAGCAUCUGAAAUCAACAAGAAGGUUGAGGAAACGGACAAGGUCAUCGCUGAGAUCGAGACUGUUUCUCAACAGUACAUGCCAUUGUCACAGGCAUGCAGUAACAUCUAUUUUACGCUGGACUCAUUGAGUCAGGUCCACUUCCUCUACCAGUAUUCGCUGCACUUCUUCCUCGAUAUCUUUCAUUCCGUGCUUUACAAUAACACGCGACUCAAGGAAGUAAGCGAUUAUGGUCAACGCCUCUCCAUAGUUACGUCGGAUCUUUUCCAAGUUGUGUACUGUCGCGUCGCUCGUGGCAUGUUGCACAUUGAUAGACUCACUUUUGCUGUCCUCCUCUGCCGUAUUCACUUGCGAGGUUUGAACGCAGAACCGCAUUUGGAUGCCGAGUUCCAGCACUUUUUGCGCGGCAAAGACGGAUUAAUCAACAACACCGAUUUACCUGAACUCAUAAACCUUGGUUUGAGCGGUGAUGAAAUUGAUGCUUUGGCUCGAUUGUCUAUGAAACUGCCAGCCUUUAAGGGUCUAGUAAAGCGGAUCAACGAGGCAACGGAAGAAUUCACACAGUUCCUUCAGCAUAACACGCCUGAAACGUGUGUGCCUGUAAUCUGGGCCACGGAUAAAUCGUUGAGUGCAAUCAGUACGGCGAUGAUGAAACUGUUAGUUAUUCAAGCAGUUCGACCGGAUCGAGUCAUUGCAGCUGGCCACCAGCUAGUCGACGCUGUUUUGAGCGAGUCUUUCAUGCCAGCCGGUGAGAAGGAGCUAGAUCUCGCCAAGAUUGUCGACACCGAGGUUAAGGGCGGAACUCCAGUUCUCCUGUGUUCCGCACCCGGUUUCGACGCUUCCGGCCGUCUUGAUGAUUUAGCUACUGAACUCAAUCGGCAGAUUACAAGCAUUGCCAUUGGUUCGGCUGAAGGUUUUAGCCAAGCCGAAAAAGCUAUUAAUUCGGCUGUAAAAACUGGAAGGUGGGUGAUGUUGAAGAACGUUCAUCUUGCCCCGCAAUGGCUCGUCCAACUCGAGAAGAAAUUGCAUUCCCUGCAGCCACAUGCCAAUUUCCGUCUGUUCUUAACAACCGAGAUCAAUCCAAAGAUUCCUGUGAAUUUAUUGCGCGUCGGAGAGGUGCUGGUUUUCGAACCACCCCCAGGCAUCCGAGCCAAUCUGCUCCGGACUUUCAGCGCUGUGCCGGCUGCUCGUAUGAUGAAACCACCAAAUGAACGAACUCGUCUCUAUUUCCUCUUGGCUUGGUUCCAUGCCGUCGUACAAGAACGCUUGCGUUACUGCCCUCUAGGUUGGGCUAAAUAUUACGAAUUCAAUGAAUCGGAUCUUAAGGUGGCCUGUGAUACCCUAGACACUUGGAUCGAUACGAUGGCUUUAGGAAGAACUAAUCUACCCCCAGAAAAAGUGCCGUGGGACGCACUUAGCACUCUUUUGUCGCAGUGCAUUUAUGGUGGCAAGAUUGACAACGAGUUUGACCAGCGCCUUUUGGCCUCUUUCCUCGCUAAGCUUUUCACACCUAAAAGUUUCGAAGCCGAUUUCUUGUUGGUUUCCAGUCAAGAAGUACAAUCGGGCGAUUCUUGCCGUAUUGUAAUGCCGGAGGGAAUCCGCCGCGACCAGUUCUUGCAAUGGAUUGAGGCACUGUCAGACCGCCAGUACCCAGCAUGGCUUGGAUUACCGAACAAUGCCGAAAAGGUUCUUUUGACAACUCGAGGCACCGACAUGGUUACCAAGCUAUUGAAGAUGCAGCUGCUCGAGGAUGACGACGACGAUGAAGAUGAUUCGGCUUAUUUGGCCUCCGCUCAACGCGACAAGGACAACGCUGCCGCUCAACGCAGUGACGGCCGUCCUGCUUGGAUGCGUUCUUUGCUGGAAUCUGCACGGACUUGGAUGGGUCUACUGCCCGACUCGUUGGUUACGCUACGACGUACGGUGGAAAACAUCAAGGAUCCGCUCUAUCGCUUCUUCGAACGUGAAGUGAACAGUGGCUCGAAACUUUUGCUUGAUGUACGUCAAGAUCUGAAUGACGUUGUUCACAUUUGCCAGGGCGAGAAGAAGCAAACCAACUAUCAUCGGCAGAUGCUCAGCGAACUGGUAAAGGGAAUUCUGCCGCGAUCGUGGCGCCGCUAUACGAUUCCUGUUGGCACAACUGUCAUUCAAUGGAUCACUGAUUUCAGUCUAAGAGUUAAACAACUUCAGCAAGUAUCCCAAAUAGUUUCACAAGGUGGUGCUCGUGAGCUUCAGACUGUAACCGUUUGGCUUGGUGGUCUCUUCAACCCAGAGGCUUAUGUCACGGCUACUCGCCAAUGUGUUGCUCAGGCAAAUAGUUGGUCUUUGGAAGAGCUCAUCCUCGAAGUGACCAUUGAAGAUCAAGCGUCGUCGGCAUACGAAGAUCGCUGCUUCAGCCUUAAAGGUUUGAAGCUUCAAGGUGCCGUUAGCAGGGGAAACAAACUUCUUCUGACGUCCGCAAUGAUGACUGAUCUAGCGUUGACGCGUCUACGCUGGACUCGCGUGCAAGGAGCUCAACAAGUAGAAGCUGGAACAGUGACACUGCCCGUUUAUCUAAACGCUAAUCGAACGGAAAUCCUAUUCACUGUAGACCUUAAUGUCGCUAAUCCAGAGGAGAAAUUGAGUUUCUACGAAAGGGGAGUUGCCUUAAUGGCUUCGACAUCGUUGAACUAACCGAGCUUUUUUUUCUAAUUAUUUUAAUUUUUGUUUUGUUUGAUGUGUUUGGUGGUUGGGAGCUUUAGGUAAUCCCUUAAUUCUUGCGUCGCUGUGUUAAACUUUUCAGCUAAACUGAAAUACAGCGGCAUCUCCUUAACAA